AUGAAGUUGUCUGUCGCCGUUUCUUCAUUCCUGAUGGCCCUGGCCUCGACCGAUGCUACCAGCAUCAAGAUGGACUUCUUGCCCAUCGGGCACGUUCGUACUGAUCCUAUUCUCAGCAAAACUUGCCUCAGUGGCCACGUCCACUCUUUCUACGGAGCUCAGGUCCUCCCUCACCCAGCUUCCACGGACUACGAUGCCCUCCGUGGUGUGACCGAUGAUCAGAACACUGGCAACGUGGUGGAGAACAAAUCUCUGUAUUGGCAUCCCUCCAUCUAUUCCUACGACGAAACCAGCAAUACCUUUCGUCGCGAAGCCAUGGCCCAAACAUCUGCAUACUACGUUUGGAUCACCGGACAAGCCACCGCGUUUCCAAACGGGUUCCAAAUGAUUGGUGGCAUGCCCGACCAAGGCGCGUUCUCGAUGGCGGAAGCAGAGUGUGUGAACUCACGUCCCUCCAAUCUUGCGGCUUGUCCAGCCAGUUUUGGCAACAUCAACUUUUUCCCAACCACUAGUUGCGACGAGCUCGAGGCGUCCAUGAAGUUCCCAAAUUGUUGGGAUGGUGAAAACUUGAGCAGCGCUAACGGUCGCGAACAUGUGGCAUAUACUACGAAUGGCGAAGUGGAUGGUCCGUGCCCUUCGAGUCAUCCCGUUCGUCUCCCUCAGAUUAUCUUCUUCUUCCGCAUCAUGCCGUACAAAGGAGGUUGUCAUGUUUUUUCAGAUAUGACCCAAACCUUCCACGCGGACUACGUCAGCGGCUGGGACGACCAAGUCUUGCAACGUGUAUUGGAUAACUGCUCGAAUGAUUCUCUUGAUUCCAGUCCUGACGCUUUUUGUGAAGAGCAUUUGACCUUUCGCGACGGCCCCAAGUGCUCCGACCCAGGCUGCGACUUCGGAGAUGCCAGCUUGAUGAAUAAGCUACGAGACAUCCAACCGCCUCCGAUCGACAUGAAGGCCAUAACGGAUGAAGAGGUGGAUACCGUGGUGGGUACGUUGCCUGGUGGCCCCAACUUUGUUGCGUGCUCUGGUCCCGCCGCUCUUUUACCACCAACUGCCGCGACGACGUUGUCUCCGUCGCCUUACCCGUCGUUCUUCCCGGGCGACGGCGAGGACGAAGACGAGGACGGAAACGAAGAUGGAAACGAAGAUGGAGGAGAAGACGAAGAAGGUGAAGGAGAAGACGGAGACGAAGAUGAAGAUGGUGAGGGAGAAGAAGACGAAGAUGGCGAAGGAGAUGGAGACGAAGACGGUGAAGAGGGAGAGGACGAAGAAGGCGGAGACGAGGAUGGCGAAGGAGAAGACGGAGGCGAAGGCGACGAAGGAGAAGAGGGAGACGAAGAUGGCGAGGGAGAAGGCGACGAAGACGAAGAAGAGGAAGACCCAGAAGAGGAAGAAGAUGAAGAGGAGGAGGAGUUUGGAGAGUGUGGAUGCCCUUGCGAAACCGAUGAUGGUAUGCAAGGUGUGGAAAUGUGGUCGGAAGAUUCUACACUUGUGGGCUUUGAGGGUGACGACUUCUUGUGCGUGACAAAGGAUCUGAGCGCUCAGUACAUUGCAACUGAAAGGGCUAUCUGCGAAGACGAGUGCGACGAGGAAGAGGACUUUGAAGAUGAACAGGAGUUCUUCGAGGAUCGCAGCGGUGAAGCAUUUCAAGUGGCGAAAUCCUACGAAAAGACACCCCCAGAGAGCGGCUGCUCGCAGCUUCAGUAUACCUCGGCACCAUUGGUUGCAGCUGCGAUCCUCGUUACCGGCAUGUACUUUUAG